CUUUGUUCCCUUCGCGCUGUCAGUUCGCCCCCUCUGCCCUCUCCCCUACCGCUUUCUCGCCCCGUUCUCCAUUCUCCUGCUCCUCACUCUGCCCGCCCCUCCUCGGCUGCUUCCCGUCUUGUCCUCUGAGCCUCCUUUACGUAACCCCGUGUGAAACUAGAAAAGAACAAGAAGAAAGUUUGCCUCUCUUAGAUUAGAAGUGCACCUUGGCCCUUCACAGAAAGUGAGGCGGGCAGGUUUCCUGUAAGCUGCCCCUCCAGGUGCACUGCCCCUCCCGGGGACUGCCCACCCGCCUGUCCCAGACUCCGGCAGCGGGGCCCCCGAUGGCAGUGGGCACCUUACCCUGAAACCUGCCAAGCUGGACGCCACAGCUCCGCACGACGACACUUCAGCCAGCCCCGUGCCCCCUUCGGAGGUGUGCAGCCAUGCAGCCCUAGCCUGCAGCCCAGGCAUCCCCGAGGAGCACUAUGUGAGCGAGGCUGUGGAUGAUGCCGCCAGCUGCAGAGGGCAUCGGGAUGCCUGCACCAUUACCGAUGUGUGCAACAGUACCAACCUCCCCGAAGUGGAGAUCAUCAGCCUGCUGGAGGAACAGCUGCCCCAUUAUAAGCUGAGAGCUGACACCAUCUAUGGUUACGACCACGAUGACUGGCUCCACACGCCCCUCAUCUCCCCAGAUGCCAGCAUCGACCUCACCACCGAGCAGAUUGAGGAGACGCUGAAAUACUUCCUUCUCUGUGCUGAGAGAGUUGGCCAGAUGACUAAGACAUACAAUGACAUAGACGCUGUCACUCGGCUUCUUGAGGAGAAAGAGCGGGACCUGGAGCUGGCCGCACGCAUUGGCCAGUCACUGCUGAAGAAGAACAAGACCCUCAGCGAGCGGAACGAGCUGCUGGAGGAGCAGGUGGAGCACGUCCGGGAGGAGGUCUCCCAACUCCGCCAUGAGCUGUCCAUGAAGGAUGAGCUGCUGCAGUUCUACACCAGCGCGGCAGAGGAGAGCGAGCCUGAGUCUGUCUGCUCUACCCCGCUGAAGAGGAACGAGUCAUCCUCCUCUGUGCAGAAUUACUUCCACCUGGACUCUCUUCAGAAAAAGCUAAAGGACCUGGAGGAGGAAAAUGUCGUUCUGCGGUCCGAGGCCUGCCAGCUGAAGACUGAGACCAUUACCUACGAGGAGAAGGAGCAGCAGCUGGUGAACGACUGUGUGAAGGAGCUCAGGGAUGCCAACGUGCAGAUUGCUAGCAUCUCAGAGGAGCUGGCCAAGAAGACGGAGGAUGCUGCGCGCCAGCAGGAGGAGAUCACGCACCUGCUCUCGCAGAUCGUGGAUCUGCAGAAGAAAGCCAAAGCUUGCACAGUGGAAAACGAGGAGCUUGCGCAGCACCUGGGGGCCGCGAAGGAUGCUCAGCGGCAGCUCACGGCCGAGCUGCGCGAGCUGGAGGACAAGUAUGCGGAGUGCAUGGAGAUGCUGCACGAGGCCCAGGAGGAGCUGAAGAACCUGCGCAACAGGACCGUGCCCGGCACCACGGCCCGGCGCUACCACUCGCUGGGCCUCUUCCCCAUGGACUCCCUGGCAGCGGAGAUCGAGGGCACCAUGCGCAAGGAGCUGCAGCUGGAAGAGCCCGAGUCGCCAGACGUUGCGCACCAGAAGCGCGUCUUUGAGACUGUGAGGAACAUCAACCAGGUGGUCAAGCAGAGGUCGCUGACCCCCUCGCCCAUGAACAUCCCCGGCUCCAACCAGUCCUCGGCCAUGAACUCCCUGCUGUCCAGCUGUGUCAGCACCCCCCGGUCCAGCUUCUAUGGCAGUGAUGUGGGCAACAUCGUCCUGGACAACAAGACCAACAGCCUCAUCCUGGAGACCGAGGCGGUCGACCUGGGGCCAGAUGAGCACAUGAAGAAGCCAGGCACGCCGGGUACUCCGGGCACCCAUGACCUGGAAACAGCGCUGAGGCGGCUAUCCCUGCGCCGCGAGAACUACCUGUCGGAGAGGAGGUUCUUCGAGGAGGAGCAGGAGAGGAAGCUGCGGGAGCUGGCGGAGAAGGGCGAGCUGCGAAGCGGCUCCCUCACUCCCACCGAGAGCAUCCUGUCUCUGGGCACCCACUCGCGUCUCUCGGAGCUCACCGGCUUCUCGGGCAUGUCUUUCAGCAGUCGCUCCUACCUGCCAGAGAAGCUGCAGAUCGUAAAGCCCCUGGAAGGUUCUGCCACCCUGCACCACUGGCAGCAGCUGGCCCAGCCUCACCUUGGGGGCAUCCUGGACCCCCGGCCUGGGGUGGUCACCAAGGGCUUCCGAACAUUGGACGUCGACCUGGACGAAGUGUACUGCCUUAACGACCUGGAGGAGGAUGACACAGGUGACCACAUUCCCCUCCCGGGCCUAGCUACCUCCACGCCGGUGCAGCACCCAGAGACCUCAGGUGAGAGGUCCCGGGCACGCGUGACUGUCCCAAGCAGCAGGAGCUCCCCCGAGGAGAUGCAGGAGCCGCCCGAGCCCGCGGAGGAGGAGGGGUCUGCGAACCACCCCGGGAAGUGCAUGUCCCAGACCAACUCCACCUUCACCUUCACCACCUGCCGCAUCCUGCACCCCUCCGACGAGCUCACUCGGGUCACACCAAGCCUUAACUCCGCCCCGACUCCGGCCUGCGGCAGCGCUGGCCACCUAAAGACCUUGCCAGUGGCCACACCGUGCACUCCGCGAAGGCUGAGUCUGGCCGAGUCCUUCACCAACGCCCGUGACUCCACCACCACCAUGAGCACGUCGCGGGGGCUGGUGUGGCUGCUGAAGGAGCGGGGCAUCUCGGCCGCCGUGUACGACCCCCAGAGCUGGGACCGCGCGGCUCGGGGCUCCCUCCUGCACUACGCGCCCCGGAUGGCCGUGAUCCCCUCCACGCCGCCCAACUCGCCCCUGCAGACGCCGGCUGGCUCCCCGCCCACCUUCGAGUUCAAGUGCACCAGCCCACCGUACGACACCUUCCUGGCGUCCAAGCCGGCCAGCUCCAUCCUGCGGGAGGUACGGGAGAAGAAGGGCGUGCGCAGCAGUGGGAGCCAGACUGAUGUGUCUGUGGGCAACCUCAACCUCGUGGACAAGGUCCGGCGCUUCGGUGUGGCCAGGCCACUGAGCUCAGGGCGGGCCCACGGCCCUGCCUUGGCUGAGGACCAAGGCCCGCUGCUCUGCGUGCCACCCGGGGUCCCCGAGGGCCUGCCACUGGGCUGCCCAGCCCCGCCCGGCGCCGGCGCCGUGGGCAUCCGCAGGAACCGCAGCUUGCCCGCCAUGGUGGGCUCCAGCAUGCAGAUGAAGGCGCCGGCCACGCUCACCCCAGCCGUGCUGAUGGGUGCGAAGCUCCCUGCGCAGACCGGCUUGCGGUGAGGGAGUCGUGGUGGGCCCCGCCAGGCACUGCCC